CACUUGCACGCACACUCACACAAGGACCCAGCUGCCAACAUGUACUUUUCAGCAGCGUUUCUCCUGUUCACUCUGUGGGGUUCUGCUACCUGUGGCCAGUUUCAGGCCAAUUUCAACAUGGCCGGAGUCACCGGUUCAGUCCAGUUUGACUCUGUGCUGAAGACAGCCACCUUUAACCUCAGUGGCAUAGGGUCAUGUGACUCUUUCAAUCUUACUCUCACUGAGUUCCCUGUGAUGCACGGUCACGUGGCCCAGCCAUGUGAAACGGCCAACAUAGGAGAGCAUGUGGCCACGUUUUCUGUGCACACUCAUGAUUUCAUGAAUGUCUCCAGAGUACUCCAGAACAUAUCUGGUCUGGAAGCUCUAUCUUUAGUGGUGGAGACUUGUGAUGGCAGGAAGGCAUGUACUGGUCUCUUAUCGAGGUCAAGGGUCAACACGUCACAGGCUCGUUUCUUCGCCAAGGUGGCUGGGAACAUCUACCUCCGUCAGGUCGCAGGGGAACCAGUUGCUGUUUUCCUCUCCGACCUGGUCAUUGUGGAUCAGAGUACCUCUCCUGUAUCUAAUGUGAGCAUUUUUUUGUCUCGGAGCUCAGCUGUUAGCUGUACAACCUUGCUGGGCAGCCUGGACCACAACAGUUUGAAAAAGUUGGGCCAGGUGAAGGUCGGUACCCCGCUUGAACCUGUAAAAUCCCGUUUGGACAUCCUCUCCCUUGAGAGUGGAUUUCGUUUUGCUCUGCUCAGCCUCAGCUCGGGGUACUCGUGUGCUGAAGUCCGGACCUUAGACUCAAAGGUGGUCAGUGCCCUUAUAGAUAUGCGGGGAGUCAAAGGAUAUCUUACCUUUCACCAGCCGUCUCCUUUUGACCUCACCACUGUUACAAUGAACUUGACCGGCCUGGACAGGAGAAUUGGGCCCUACCACGUGCAUCUGUUCCCAACACCUGAGUUGAGGUCACCCCCAGAGAGCGCCUGCAGUAACAACAACGUUGGAGGACACUGGAACCCCUUUGGCAUUGACACUCAGGCUUCUGUUUACCCCCCACCUUCAAACUCCACCCAUGAUUUCUACGAGGUCGGCGACCUCAGCGCCAGGCAUUGGUUGCUAGGGAACAUGAGUGACUUCCAGGGCAGUGUCACUGACUGGAACCUGCCCCUAUUUGGGAGGAACAGCAUCGUGGGCCGUUCAGUGGUUCUCCACGAGCCCAACGGAGUCAGGUUUGCCUGUGCAAGCAUCGGCUACCCUGGGGAGGUAAUCUCAGCCAAGGCCCUCUUCCAGAGUCCAGUGGUGGGGUCCAUCCUGUUCACCCAGCUGAAAGGAAACCCUUACUCUGACGUCUCUGUGUUCCUUGACUUGUCUUAUGGGAGACCGUCCAUGCCAGUGACUCAGCAGCACCACUGGCACAUCCACAGCUACCCCAUCAGCACAGAGACAGACACAGACAAAUUUUGCUGUAUUUCCACUACAGGGCAUUGGAACCCCUCUGGCAUCAACAGCAGUGCAAGUAGCUACAAAGUGAAUUGCAGACCGGAGUGUCCCUUCGCUUGCGAGGUUGGAGACCUGUCUAGGAAACACAGUUUGCUGGAUUUAGGGACAAACACUGGAUUUGGCAGCAAGAGGUUCUUUACAGACACCACAUCCUGGCUGUCCGGACCUGGCACCAUGAUUGGUAGGUCAGUAGUCAUACAUGGGCAUGAAGAGGCCAGCGUUCGCAUAGCUUGUGCCAACCUUACCCAGGUCCACUUCCCCUCUGCGGUGUCCGGACCCUGGCAAGGGCCUGGGUCGGCAGAUGGCCACAUCCAGUUCUACCAGGUUUCUCCGCAAGGUCCAACCAACCUCCACAUCUCACUGGCAAGGCUGGCUUCCAGAGCUGCUGGAUACCACAUCCAUCUGCUGCCGGUGGUGAGUGGAGCAGACGCCUGCUCUGACAAAAGCAUCAUGGGUCACUUCAACCCAUAUGCCACGAAUAUUUCACAGUCUCCUGCUCCAGGGACUGGCACGGUGGAUCAGUAUGAGAUCGGUGAUAUCAGUGGGAAGUUCGGGUAUCUAACAGAACAGGAACAGGUCCAGAACCAUUAUGUGGAUGGUAAUAUGCCGCUGAAUGGGCCCAACAGUAUCAUAGGACGCUCACUGGUUAUCCACUACAGGAACGGAUCAAGAAUGCAAUGUGCUGACAUCACACCCGAGAACACCUCAGAUUCAUACUGGGUCAUUGCCAAGGCGACGUUCCACAGCCACGUGACUGGAGAAGUAACCAUGUCCCAACAGAGAUUUCCUGAUGGCAGCUACAGUGACGCUAUCCUGUUGGUGGACCUCCGUCUGUCCAAAGCACACAACAUUACCUGGGCUUCGUGGGACAUCAUGGAAAGUCGCGUUGGUGGGCUUCUUGAGGAGUGUGCCGAGACAGGAGGGACCUAUGACCCUUUCAACAUGACAGCACAGAAUUCGAGCUGUUCUCAGUUCACCCCCCUGGCCUGUGCGGUCGGGGACCUGACAAGUAAGCUCGGCUCCGUGGGCCUGACCCAGAGACAGCUGUUCACGGACAGCCACCUGCAGCUGGCCGGGGACUUCACAGUCAUCUACAGGUCACUGGUCCUGAGGGUGGGAAACAUGACCAUCGCGUGUGCUGAUAUCCUGCCGGAGUCACCCUCUGCUCAGCAAAUCUUCCCGAGGGUGGCAUCCUUUAGCAGGUAUGAUUUCCGCAAGAGGGUGGCUAACGUCCUGGAGGUCCACUUGUCCAGGGUGUCCAUCUUGCCUGGAGCGCUGUCACCCAGAGCAGGGGGGAAGUGUCAGCAGGUCACGUUCCUCGUGUCAGGCCAGGUUGACCACAGCCAGCUUGAAUCUGUGAAGGGGAGCCAAAAGAUGGGCAUUUACAAACAGUCCAGCGAAUGCACAAAAAGUGGUGCCCCUGGCUUGCUACUGACCCACGGAUGGCUCGUCCACAUCCUCACACUAGUUCUGCUGUACCCUUUACAGGCUACUGCCCUGCAGUGAACAUCACCUGGAAUUUGAAACCAGCAGUGUCUAUAUCUGUUAUACAGGUCUAGAGUUGGUUCAUGCACAUGUUAUAAUGAAGUGUAGUAAAAUCACCAGUAUCACACAAUGUUAAUCUGACUCUAUCUGAAGGCUGCAAGUAUAUUUAAGUCUAUGUAACACUAUUUUUUAUUUUUCUUUAAUGUGAAUAGAAUUGUGUUAUGAGCUCAAAGUGAUCCAAAGUCAGCUGUUAGGUGUUACAUUUAGUGGAAGACAAAUAAAAAACUUUAAAAAUAUUCUGGUAAUCUUUUAU